AUGAGUGAGAACUCCAGACUUACUAUCAACAUGAGGGACAACUCGGAAUCCACGACAAUGGAAAGAAUAAACUAUGCAAUCAAGCUCACGAGCACCUUGAUCUCGGUGGUAAACGAGUUCCUAUGGGGGAUCAAUGAAGUUCCCGAUGGCCUGAGGAAUUUUUUAGAACAAUUUCAAUCGCUCGGCAAGGUUCUUUCCGGCUUCCGAAAUGAAUGUCCGGGGGAUCAAGAAUUCCGUUUAUUGGUAUUUCAGAAACUCAAUGUGCAGAACGGGCCCCUGGUCGAAUGCGUCGCUGAGCUAAACCAACUUCACUUGAGAAUCAAAUCCGAUAAGGGCGAAGAAGAAAGCCCAGCACGCCUAGGCUGGCUAUUGGAUGAGAAUCAGCUCUUGCAAUAUACCUUACGAAUCGAGAAGCACAAGAAUAUUCUUGCUUUGGCGUCACAGUUGAUGAAGGAUCAGUCGAAAUUGUCGGAGAUCAUGGCGGAAAGUUACAUACAGGAUACAAGUAGGGAAAAGGGAAAACCCCAAUCCGAACCACCUACCGAUAGCUCGAAUAUAGCCAGCGUUGAAAGCAUGAAGAGACGGAAAUCGGAUCUCGGAUGGCUCUUUCCUAGAGACUUUGAGAGCAGGUACCUGGGUAUUCAGGAGCGCAGGAUAAAGGGUACAGGAGAGUGGUUGCUGAAAUGCCCAAGCUUUAAAAACUGGACGAAUCGCAGUCCGGGCCACACCGUUCUCUGGGGUUGUGCAAAGCCUGGUGCUGGCAAAACCUUUAUCAGCUCGAAGGUUAUCGACCACGUCAAAUCUCAAGCGCCUAUAUACAACUCUGCUGUGGGCUAUUACUUCUUCGAUCGCAUGGAACAAGAUGAAGUUUCGCACAAGGAUAUUCUUUCUAGCUUGAUUGUGCAACUGGCUCUUCAGGCACGAUAUUUCUCGGUUGUAUCUCACACCCUCUCCUCAAGGCUUGGUGACUACCAGCAACCAAAACCCAGUCCAGAGAAGUUAUUUACCAAUCUCAUCGAAACAUCGAAGUCCUUCGAUCAAGUAUUCUUUGUCUUUGAUGGAGUGGACGAGUACAAUCAACAUGAGGAAUUUCUGCUUGAAUUUGUUCAAAAUCUGGCGGUGGUGAAAAUGAGUCUCUUCGUGACUAGUAAUUCACCACCGAUAAAUCUUCAUUCAUCUCUUCACGCGAUAGCGAGGAUAGAUCUGUCCGCAAGAGCAGAGGAUAUCAAAAUGUCUAUCGAAAAGUGGAUUGACAACUCCCAGCAAUUCCGGCUUCGUCUUGAAACAGGAAAGUGCCAGGAUAGGUUUAUUAGGGAGAUGACCACUUGUGCAAAUGGGAUGCUCUUAUCUGUUGAUCUUGGGAUGAGAGCCGUCAUCCAGCAACCAACGGUCAAAUGCAUUUUCAGCUUGAUCGAGCAACUUAAGUCUUUCGCAAGGGAAGAAGCACCGUUCUCUUCAUUCUAUGCCCAGUGCAUCGGCAACAUCCGCCGCCAAGACACUGCCUGUUCCAAGAUGGCGGUGAAGAUUCUUUCCUGGCUGGUAAAGGCCCAGCAGACCUUGACAGUCAAUGAACUGCGCGAAGCGAUUUCAGUCGAGCCCAAGAGCUACAAGCUGGAAGAUUCGGAUUUACCAGAUACAGUCACAAUGGUGAACAUCUGUGCUGGCCUAAUUACGAUCGACCAGAGCAGUGGAGUUGUUCGCCUUAUACAUGAUACCGCCCGACAAUAUCUUCUGAGAUGUUCCGUGAUCCCCUUGGAUUUUGAUUAUCAAAUGGCAAUGGCGUGCCUGACCUACCUCUCAUUCGACGUCUCCCCGGAUCGUUUUCCAUUCCAGCGAGUCCCAGAGCAAGAACGUCCGUUCUUCAAGUAUGCGGCGAGAAACUUGUCGUUUCAUAUCAAUCUCUGCGAUGAGUCUUUGACAACAAAGGCGUUUCUAAGGUUCAUCAAAAGCCCCCGCCAAGCCGCUUUGUAUCUGGAAACACACAGAGAUGAUUGGUGUUCCGAGAUGGACAACUCUCCGCUGGUGGUCGCUGCUCAGGUGGGCCAUCUAGCCGCAGUCCGUAUGCUCAUUGCAGCGAGAAAACAUGCUGUUCACAUCGGCGGGCCUCAUCGCACUGCGCUUCAUGAGGCAGUAAUAGGACACCACUACGAGACCGUCAAGCUACUUCUCCAGGAACUGCGCGAUGGGGGUCUUGCAGAAGAAUGGGACUUUGAGGGAGCCUCGGAGCGGGAUGAUAGUGGCAAAACGGUACUUCAUUGGGCUGCACGGAAAGGAUUUAAAGAUAUUGUUGAGCUUCUGGUGCGUGUGGAGAACAAAGUCAACAUCAUGGAUCAUGGCCUCGGCCAGCAGACCGCACUACAUGAGGCCGCGCGUGGAGGCCAUGAAGAGCUGGUAAAGAUGUUUCUGGAGAAAGGUAUACCGCUCUGGGAUAGAGAGGAGUGUGGGAGAACAGCCCUCCACGAAGCGGCAGGAGCGGGUCAUAUCGCAAUUGUGAAGCUAUUACUCAAAUACUCUGGUGCUUUACCGGCUGCAAAGCUAGAACCGUACUCGAGCCCAGUGACGAUUACUGAAAGAGGGCUUAACUGGGUGAACAGACGGGAUGCCCGUCUCAGGAAUGGUGUGUCGGCUCAAGAUAAGCAAUUCAGGACACCUCUGCACCUAGCGGCAUUGGGAUGCCACACAGAGAUUUUCCAGCUACUCUUGGGGGAAGGUGCGGAUGUAUCUGCAGAGGAUGCACUCGGCGAGUCGGUGCUCCACCAAGCAGCGCGUGGAGGAAGCAAACGCAUUGUAGAGUUACUUGUUCAAGUUGGUGCUGAUAUUGGAGCCACGAACCACGCGGGGGUGACGAUACUCCAUCGAGCGGCUACUCGGGGCUAUACAGACAUCGUGCAGAUCCUUCUGGACAAUGCGGUAGAUACCUCCCCGCGGAUAUCCGGCCGCACAGCGCUAAAACUGGCGAUAGAGGGAGGAUAUGAGGAGACGGCGCGUCUACUUCUCGAUAAUACCCCCGAAGGUCUUACUUCGGACGAAGUUAAUAGCAUGCUAAAUCUCGUUUCGGAACAUGGCUACGCUGAAGUAGUAAAGCUGCUUCUCGACUUGGGCGCAAAUGACAUCAAUGCGGCGCUCUACAAAGCAGCAACUGGAGGUCACCUGGAUACUGUCAAGCUACUUCUGGGCGCCGGUUCAGAUAUUUUCUCACGCCAUAGAGACAAUGAGACCGUGCUCCACACUGCAGCCUAUAAUGGCCAUGUCGAUAUUGUUAAGCUACUUCUUGAGAACGGUGCGGAUAUUCGUGCUCGGUCAUGUCGAAAUCAGACUCCACUGCACAUGGCUGCAAGCUGUCAUAAGCAUUGGGGUGACCACAAAGGAAAUAAAGAAAUUGUUCAACUUCUCCUUGAGGCCAGCGCAGAUGUUAAUGCAAAAAACACAAGUGGGGAGACAGCCCUCAUCCUAACAGCAAGGUUGGGGGCGUUAGAGGAUGUGCGACUUCUCAUUGUACAUGGCGCAGACGUCUUUGCCCAUGAUGCAAGCGGUCAAACAGCACUCCACAAUGCAGCGUAUGCGGGUAAGGCAGACAUUAUAAAGUUACUUCUUGAUCGUGGCGCCAGUAUAUCUGCACGAAACAGCCAGCAGAAAACGGCACUCUCGCUGGCGGCAGAAAGCUGCAGGGUCGGUAUUGUAAGGCAGCUUCUCGAGAGUGGGGCGGAUUUGACGGAAUCCGAUGCGAGUAACCGGACGCCCCUGCUUCUCGCGGCCGGCCGUUCGUAUGGCAGCGAGGUUGUUCGUUUACUUAUAGACAGCGGCGGAGAUAUCAACGAGAGGGAUGCGGAAGGCCGGACAGCAUACUUUGUAGCGGUAGAGGGCGGGUGCUCUAACGUUGUGGAAGUACUUCUUAAAAGUGGUGCAAGUAUAUCGCAAAGAGAUAAGGGAGGUAAAACGGCGUUAUUUGUUGCAAGCAGGGAAGGAGACGUCGAGGUUGUCCGAGUCCUUUUGGAAAAUGGCGCCGAUGUCUCAGAGACCAAUGCAGAUGGUGAAACGGCGCUAUUCAUGACAUGGAAAUGGGAGGUGUUUAACCUUCUGGUCGAAAAAGGCGCGGACAGGUAUCAUAGGAAUCGACACGGUAAAAUGGCGGACGUUCCCGAGAGAUUUGACGACGAUGAUGGAUAUUCACCACCAUGCUCUAUAUAUGGAUGGUAG